AUGGCUUUUCUAAUCAGCUGUCUUCUCAUCUUCACUGGACUCACAGUUAAGACAAACCAACAGAAUUCAGCAAAGUUUUCUAUCUCUGAUGACAAAAAGCAAAGAGUCUUCACUGUGUCGAUCAAAGAUCUGACCCGUACAGAUGCGGGUUAUUACUGGUGUAAUGUGGAGAAGAAUAGAGGAGGAGAUGAUGGGGCACGUUUUUACCUGUCUGUCACCGAUCAUCCUAAACUGUCUGUGGAUAAUCAGAAUAUUACAGCCUAUGAAGGAGAUAACGUCACCAUCAAGUGCUUCAGUCAUUACUCUGGAGGAAAGAAGUGGUGUCAGCUGGUUGGCUCCUGUGUGACGAGCUCAUCUGGAUGGAUAGGUAGAACAAGAGUGACCAUCACUGCGAUGUCCAGUGAGUUAUUCAGUGUGACUAUGAGUGGACUGAGCAUCAAGAGCAGCGGCUGGUAUCUGUGUGCUAAGGGAGACAUACAGAUGCCAGUUCAUAUAAAUGUCACUGAAAGACCUACAACCAACCCAACAUCUACACCUCCAAACAGACAACACAGUCCUGCUCUGGAGAAGUCCCUUGUCCCUCUGAGUUUGUUGAUCUUCAUCAUGAUAGUGACUCUGGUCACCUGGUUCCUCUUAAAAAGACAAAAAAAAGCCGAAGCAGAAUCAGCAGCAGCAACGACUGAAGAGGAAAUAACAUACAGUACUGUAACAAUGAGGAGUAAACCCACAAGACAAAUCGAGGCAGAUGCCGACGUGACAUACAGCUCUGUGGUUAUAUCAGGCAAAACCAAAGGUUGAAGUAAAUUUUGAUGACAAACCACAAGGAGUCAGAGAGAAAUUUUGAAUGUCCUUGUAAGGGUUUUACAGAAAUGAAUUUUUAAAAAUAUUUUUUUAAAGUGCAAUUUAAGUAUUCCUAAACUUUUCACCCCAAACACAGUCUCAGUCAGUCUCUCCUGACUAAUGUGUGGACUCACAGAUUCUCUGCUCCAUGAAUUCUGGGAUUGCAGUAAAAUCAGAAGAUUUGGUAGAGAAUUGGCUAUUAGAGGUUUUA